GACGCAAUGGCUACUCCCCUCCGUGUUGCUUUAUGCUUAAGAAGAUAAGACAGAUACAAUAAGUAUUACUAUACUCUGUGGUAGAAGACAAACACUUAGCAAUAUAACAAAUUGUUUGUUUGAUUGAUUAUCGCUGUUUUUGUAGCUGUAAAUCCAAUGUAUUUUUACUAUUUUUGAAAGUUAAGUUAAUAUGGCUCACAUGUUAGAUUUCAAGAAAAUAUGUCGAGCUUGUCUCAGUGAUGCCGGGCCUCUUAGAGAAUUGUUUACAGCUUGUUCCGCUGGUGUAUUUAAGUAUUGUACUUCCGUUGAGAUUUCAGAUAUAGAUCCACUACCAAAGUUAAUCUGCCAGACAUGCUUAGACUUGUUAAAUAAAUUAUAUUACUUCAAGCAAGUGGUUGUGAGGUCAAAUGUUAUACUGAAACAGCAGUGCAGACUACAGAAUUUACAGAGUAAAAAUGAUCCCCAGCCAAACGAUGGGAGUGAGAUAGUUGAAGUCAAUAUCACAGAACUCAACGAAGAGGUGAAAAUGCAUGAAAAUAAUCUUUCAAGUGAUAACGGCGAAAAUUUGGACAGUACAGAGAAACCCUCGGCUGAUGCAAUACUUAUAAGUCAAAUCCUAUCAAGGCGAAGAAGACGAGGGCCCGGACGACCACCAAAAGAUCCCGACGGUCCUAAAAGAAGGCGAGAGCGCAUGAAGUGUAUGAAAUGCGGCAAGAGUUUCCAGAAGUAUGAAAAUUUCGAAGCACACAUGCGUGGACACUUUGGAAAGAAGCCUGACAUUAAAUGCAAGCACUGCGAGAAAACGUUCCUGUCCCUUCGGAGCCUGAGCAGCCAUGUGCGGAUACACACCGCGGUACGCAAAUAUCAAUGCCUGACCUGCGGGAAAAGCUUCGCAUACUUGAACGUUCUCAAAAACCAUGAAUUAAUACAUGCUGGUAUCAAGAAACACCAGUGUCACCUUUGUGAUGCUAAGUUCGUCCAGGCUUACAAUCUAAAGAUGCACUUGGAAACGCACAACAACCAGAAAAACUAUAGCUGCUCUCAGUGUGGUAAAAAAUUUGCACAGCCAGGGAACCUGAAGAUUCAUCUCAUACGUCACACGGGCAUCAAAAACUAUGCUUGUACUAUGUGUGAAAUGCGUUUUUACAUAAAGGCUGAUCUUGUAAAACAUAUGAGAUCUCAUUCUGCAGAGAAACCCUUUUCAUGUCAGCUCUGUGAUAAAACUUUCAAAAGUAGAAGUUUUCAAGCGAUACAUAUGAGGACACACACUGGUGAACGACCAUAUGCUUGCGACUUGUGCCCCAAGAAAUUCAUGGCAAGAAAAGAUCUCCGUAAUCACCGCAUGAUUCACACCGGUGAGAAACCCCACAAGUGCCAGCUCUGCAAUCAGGCAUUCAUACAAAAGUGUGCCCUCAAUAGACAUAUGAAGGGUCAUGGUAAAGCUAAUGAAGAUGCCCAGAACUUAAUCCGAGCCCCGCUGCCACCGGUGAAUAAUACGCCAUCAUUGCCAGUUACAUACACUCAGUGGCAUAACUGAUUGUCGUGUUGUAGUGAUGGGACACAGUUUUAUUGAUAGUGAAAGUAUAUAUUGAGUGUAAAUGAAGAUGCACAGAACUUAAUCCGAGCCCCUCUACCACCGAUGUUACCACUUGCAUAUACUCAGUGGCACAACUGAUAGAUAUGUUUUAGUAAUGAGACUCAUUGUUGUGGAAGAUGAAAAUAUAAUUAUAUUCGUUUGUAUUUAGCUCUCUCUAAUUGAGGAUCUCUAGGUGAGGUUCUUUAUAUUAACUAUCAUUUGUGCUUAAUGUCAAUUGAUUGUUGUAUAAAUGAUGAAAGUGUAACUCAGUUAUGUGUCCUAAAUUGUUUGUACAAAAUUACCUUUUGUGAUAAAAUAUUCUUCUGUAUCAGAACAUUU